AGGCCUCGUCCCAGUCCACGGGCGGCCGCGGGCCGUCGGCUUGUGCGAGCGCGCCUGUGGUCGCCGUUCUCCGCCGGAGCCCGGGCCUGUCUCCCGGGCGUUGAAGGGGGGAGGGCGGGGAGCGGAGGUCAGCGCCCGUCCGAGUUCUCCGUCUGCGCGGCCCUCGCGUGGUGAGGCCUCGUCCGCUUAGCGACGCGCGUGGAGCCCCUGCUGUGAGCUGCCUCUCGUGCCAGGCGCCUGGGAUGCUGCGUGAAUGCGAGGUUCCUGCCCCUGGGCCGGUUCCUUAAACUCUCCCCGCCUCGCAGUGGAGACAACACCUCCCUCAUGGGUUUCUGGAAGGAUUAAGUGAUGUAACACAUACGACGGUUUACCCCAGUCUCCAGCACAUAGGAGGCGUUCAGGCAACGUCAGUGGCUGUUACCAAGUGACAGGGGUGUUUAUGAAGAACUGGGACUCGCUAGAUGAACAUGGAGUUUGCACUGCUGACAAAGACUGUGAAGAUGCUUACAGAGUUUGCCAAAUCUUGGACAUCCCUUUCCAUCAAGUGUCCUAUGUGAAGGAGUAUUGGAACGAUGUGUUCAGUGAUUUUUUAAAUGAAUAUGAAAAAGGAAGAACUCCCAAUCCUGACAUAGUCUGCAACAAGCAUAUCAAAUUCAGCUGUUUUUUUCGUUAUGCUCUGGAUAAUCUUGGAGCAGACGCGGUUGCCACAGGUCACUAUGCAAGAACUUCACUGGAAGAUGACGAAGUCUUUCAGCAGAAGCACGUGAAGAGGCCAGAAGGGCUUUUUAGAAAUCGCUUUGAAGUUAGAAAUGCGGUAAAACUUCUCCAAGCAGCUGACAGCUUUAAAGACCAGACCUUCUUUCUCAGCCAGGUUUCCCAGGACGCCCUGAGGAGAACCCUCUUCCCUCUGGGGGGAUUAACAAAAGAUUUUGUAAAGAAAAUAGCUGCUGAGAAUAGACUUCAUCAUGUGCUUCAGAAAAAAGAGAGCAUGGGCAUCUGUUUCGUUGGUAAAAGAAAUUUUGAAAAUUUCAUCCUUCAGUAUUUACAGCCUCGACCUGGGAAAUUUAUUUCUAUAGAAGACAAUAAGGUUCUGGGAACACACAAAGAGCCCACAGUGUUUGUGAGACGAGGCAGGGCUGGUGAAGUCGUACAGAGCAGCAAUGACGAUGGAGCAUCCUUGCCUUUCCUCUUCACCCUCCUGGGAUUGGCCCAAGGUACCAGAAGGAUUUUGUUUAAGGCCCCCCAGACAGACCACCCGGCUCUGUACAGGGACCUGCUGCGGACCAGCCGCGUGCACUGGAUCGCGGAGGAGCCACCCGCCACCCUGGUCCGUGACAAGAUGAUGGAGUGCCACUUCCGGUUCCGCCACCAGAUGGCGCUAGUGCCGUGUGUGCUGACCCUCAAUCAAGACGGCACCGUGUGGGUGACGGCUGUGAAGCCUGUGCGGGCCCUCACCCUGGGACAGUUUGCUGUGUUCUACAAAGGGGACGAGUGCCUGGGCAGCGGGAAAAUCCUGCGCCUAGGGCCGUCUGCCCACACGCUCCAGAAGGGCAAGAGCAAGUCCAGAGUGGCCACCGAGGGCUCCAUUGAUGGCCCGGGCCAUGGCCCUGGCUCGGGUCCCACGCUCUGAUGGAGGCUGAGAGGCUGCCGAGUGCCCAAGAACAGAUGUGGAGGAGCAGAGCCCAGGGUGUGGCAGCCAGGGGCUUGGCUGCUGCUGCCCAAACCAGGGGGAGCCUGGGCACAUCUGCUGCCCAGUGCCGGCCAGGCUGGCCAAGGUCCAGAAAGGUUCGAGAGCCUGGGAGCGCCCUGGGAGGAGAGGGCCCGCCCUGUCUUCUCGAAGUUGCAGUACUGGUCAGAAGGACUUGCUGGCCAGUGGGUCUGUCCCAGGUGCCGCAUUUAUAGAGUUCCUCUUUCAUACCCUAGGAAGGUUUUCCACUCAGGAGCAUGGAGGGGACCUUGGAGGGGGCGGUAUGGGCUGAGGGACAGCGUCAAAUAAAAAUUCUGGCUGGGGGGCUGGCCCCAUGGCCGAGUGGUUAA